UCUGACGUCACUGACGUUCCAAUGCCUGUAGAUGCGGCCGGCCCGCAAUAACAAAUUGGAUGAAGACAGAAAUAUUAUUCACAUCGACUGAAAUUAGUUCAAGAUGGCAUCCGAGGGGGAAUACGAGUCAAUUUUGUGCGUAAAACCAGAUGUCAACGUUUACCGCAUCCCGCCGCGGGCGUCGAAUCGCGGAUACAGGGCUGCUGACUGGAAGCUGGACACACCUGACUGGACAGGCCGUAUGCGCAUUACAGCAAAGGGGAAGGUGGCUUAUAUCAAGCUGGAGGACAAAAUCUCAGGUGAGCUGUUUGCUCAAGCACCUAUUCAGGAAUACCCUGGCAUUGCCGUGGAGACAGUCAGUGAUUCCAGUCGCUAUUUUGUUCUCCGGAUACAGGAUGACAAUGGCCGUAGUGCGUUCAUUGGAGUUGGAUUCGGGGACAGAGGGGAUUCUUUUGACUUUAAUGUUACCUUGCAGGAUCAUUUCAAAUGGGUCAAACAAGAGAUUGAAAUCAGCAAAGGUUCUCAGGCUGCAGACUCAGGACCUAAACUGGAUCUGGGCUUUAAAGAGGGACAGACUAUCACGCUGAAUAUUGGGCAAGGUAAAAAGAGGGAUAAGCCCCGCCCACAGGGCUCAGGGGGCCUGGGGCUCCUCCCCCCUCCUCCAGGAGGAAAGAUAGCUCCUCCUCCUUCCUCCAAUCACAACCUCCAGUCCUCCAACACAGUACAGCCCAUGGGAGAAGCACAGACAGACUGCUUAUUAGAACUGGACAGCAGUAACUCUAACACGGUGGUUCAGUCUAACCCAAGCUCUGACCUUUGGGGUGACUUUUCUAGCUCUGCAAGCUCCGUUGCCCCUGCAGCACCAUGCCAAGAACCCUCGUCUGGAAACUGGGUCCAGUUCUGAGACGGCUUCAUCAUCCUUCUUCUCAUUAUUGUUCCCAUUCCUUCAUCAGAACCACUGCAAAUAAAAUAUACUGCAUAAGAAAAAUAUAAACAAGCUUUAUGCAAAACUUUCAUUUUAUCAUCUGCUAAUCUUAGCAGAGGCGAGGAAUAUGCUGUUAAGAAUUUUGUUGGUGUUGUAAGACAAUAUAUCAAAUUAUUAUAAAAAGAUUGUAUAAAAUAGAGGAUCAUCCCAUGGACGUUAUAUGUGCAAACCUUAAUGGUAAUGUUUUUUGAUGACUAAUGAUUCAGUAUCUGUACAAUUGUCCACAAAGUGUUGAAUGUGGCCCUUUGUUGUCAUUACCUGUAUGUGUUCAUCUUAGGAUUUAAAGGAGUGUAUAUACAUGUUUGAUAAGGCAGAGAAAGAGAAACUUGAAAGUGUAAAAUGUAAUGGAGGCCUUAAUUUCAGCUUGAAAUAUUGUAUAGCAUCAGAACAUUUAGAAAUGUACAUUAUAAAUUAAACAAGCAAAUACUGAAUAAAGGCCACAAUUUAGAGGAAUAAUGCCCCUCAAACACAGGGACUAUGUCUAGAUAUCCAUUUCAUGUCUACACUGUCAUUUACUUCACUAACAAAUAAUAAAUUAUGUGUUGAACAAAAAUAAAAUAUUCCAA